AUGUUUCCAACGAUCAGUUUAGUGUUAGUUCUCACUUGCACCGUCAUUUUCAAUGUAUUUCCAACCAAAGCCGAUGACCUCAAAACCUACAUUGUUCACCUAAGCUUACCUGAAGGCCAAGACUUUCCUCGGGCGCAUGAGAUUGAAGAAUGGUACAACUCCUUUUUGUCCAAAAUACCUUCCCGCCCAAACGAGAAGCCAAAGAUGGUUUAUGCGUACCGCCAUGUGAUUACAGGAUUUGCUGCUAAAUUGUCGGUAGAUCAAGCAGAGGCACUUGAGAACCUGAGUGGAGUUGUAUCCGUAAGGCCUGAAGGUGUGUAUCAGCUGCAAACAACUCGGUCAUCAUACUUUCUGGGCUUGCGCCAAGAUUCUGGUUUGUGGAAAGACUCGAACAAAGGGAAGGGGGUCAUAAUUGGGAUUAUGGACACCGGAGUUACUCCCGGGCAUCCUUCAUUUAACGACAAUGGCGUCCCCGCUCCACCAUCAACAUGGAAGGGUAAAUGUGAGGUAGCCGGGUGUAAUAACAAACUGAUUGGACUAAGAAGCUUUGUUCAUGGAAUCUCUCCAAUGGACGAGGAUGGCCACGGGACACACACUUCAAGCACUGCCGCAGGGAAUUCAGUAGACAACGCAAAUGUAUUUGGCAUGGCGAACGGCACUGCGAGCGGGAUGGCACCACUAGCACACUUAGCCAUGUAUAAAGUAUGUACCGACGAUUGUUUGUUGAGCGACAUCUUAGCAGGCAUGGAUGCAGCCAUUAAAGACGGUGUUAACGUGAUGUCACUUUCACUGGGCGGAGAUCAGUUGCCAUUCCAUGAAGAUUCAAUGGCAAUAGGCGCAUUCAAUGCCAUGCAGAAAGGGAUCUUCGUGAGUUUCGCAGCAGGUAACGAGGGACCUCUGGAUAGUUCAUUAUCAAAUGAGGCCCCAUGGAUGCUUACAGUCGGGGCUAGUACCAUUGAUAGAAGAAUAACGACCAUUCUUCUCGGAAACAAGAAGAUAUUUGAUGGCGAAUCGUUAUAUCAACCAAAGGGUUUUGAUCAUAAGCUUCGUCCUCUUGUUUACCCCGGCAAAGAUGGUGAUAUAUUAGCAGCACUGUGCGUGGAAGGAUCACUGGACCGCAUUGACGUCAAGGGGAAGGUAGUAGUGUGUGAUGUGGGCAAUAUUGACAACACCGUAAAGGGCCAGGUAGUGAAGGAUGCCGGAGGAGCCGCCAUGAUUAUUGCUAAUUAUAUUCUUUGUGGUGCGAGUAUAGCCGCCGAAGCUCAUGUUCUUCCCGCAUCAUUUGUUGGUUACAAAGAAGGGGAUGAGAUUAAAAAGUAUCUAAAUUCAACUUCUUCACCAACUGCAACUAUCCUUUUCAAAGGAACCGUGGCAGGGGCAAAAACCGAUCCAGAGGUAUCCUAUUUCACUUCUAGGGGGCCUAAUUCCCAAAGUCCGGGAAUCCUAAAGCCAGACAUUGUUGGACCCGGUGUUGACAUUCUCGCAGCUUGGAAUGAGUCGGUUGACCACCAGAAAGGAACCAAAGCAGCGUUUAACGUCGUACGUGGCACAUCAAUGGCUUGUCCUCAUCUUGCAGGCAUAGCAGCACUGAUCAAAAGCGUCCACCCGGAAUGGUCUCCUGCUGCUAUCAAGUCUGCUAUAAUGACAACGGCGAGUCAAGUGAAUCGAAAUGGACAUGCCAUUAUUGAAGAAAGAGAGCGCCCUGCAAACGUGUUUGCCAUCGGCUCGGGUCACGUAAACCCACCGAAAGCUCACGAGCCAGGGCUUGUUUUUGAUAUCCAACCUGAUGACUACAUUCCGUAUCUUUGUGGAUUAGGAUAUACGCCCGAACAUGUUCAAACAAUCGUUAAAAAGAAAGUUAACUGCUCAAAAACCAUACCUGAAGCCCAGCUGAAUUAUCCUUCGUUCGCUAUAUCUCUGAAAAGAGGUGAUAGCAAAACAUACUCGAGGACAGUGACUAACGUUGGUAUGGCUAACUCGACUUACGCCAUCAGGGAUAUUUCUGUCCCGCAGGGUGUAAGCAUUAGCAGUCAUCCUCAAGAGCUGAGCUUCACAGGGCUGCACCAAAAGUUGACAUAUAAAGUAACAUUUACUCGAGGUAAAGAGGAUAACGCAAAAGGUCCUUAUGGUCAGGGACACAUGACCUGGAUAUCUGGUAAAUACACUGUUAGAACCCCAUUUUCUUUCAAGUUUGAAUGA